AUGUGUUUUUUUGAGAAAAUUGACGAAGGUAUAAAAUGUACACUAGAAUUCCAGGUAAUAACUGGUGGGCAUUAUGAUGUCGACUUGGAGAUUGUGGCUCCUAAUGGACAGAUGCUUUAUAAAAAUACCAAGAAGCAGUAUGACACAUUUGUGUGGAAAACAGACCAAGCAGGAGUUUUCAAAUUCUGUUUCAGUAAUGAAUUCUCUACUUUUUCACACAAAGUGGUUUACUUUGACUUCCAGGUUGGGGAAGAACCUCCACUUACUAAGAAUAUGGAAAGUCAUGCCACUGCUCUUACUUUGAUGGAAUCCGCAGCUGUUAGUGUCCAUAAUUCACUGAAUGAAGUCUCUGAUUAUCAAACUCACUUGAUGCUACGGGAGGCAAGUGGCCGUGCAUUUGCUGAAUUCUUGAACGAGCGGGUUUUCUACUGGUCAAUAUGUGAGACAGUGGCUGUGCUGGUCAUUGGAAUCGGUCAGAUAAUUGUUUUGCGCAGUUUCUUUACAGACAAACGGCCAACUAGCACGAUACAGUCAUGA